AUGCCCAAACGACCCAGAGCGAUGGCACCAGUCGCCGACCUGGCAACCAGCGAGCCAAACGAGGACAGAAGGAAGAGGUCACGCAUGGCGUUAGCUGCGGAGGAAGUCGCGGAGGAAAUGACUGACGAUAUGGAUGAGGAGAUGACUGAGUGCAUGCGUACAUGGUUGCGCACGAAGCUCCUCAAAUAUUACCACAAGGGAUUGGAGGAGGACAAGAACAAUGAACCAACUCAACGCAAACUGUUGCUGGAGUCGCCUACGGGCUCUGACGACGUUGAGCAGUCGGCUGAUAAGCCACUCACAGUUGGCGAAUUGUCAAAGACGAUCGAUGGGCUGCUUCUCAUGUUUGAAACAAAAAAGCGGCAAGGCCAAUGUGAUCCAUCGUCGGAGUCGGAUGAGCCCUUUGACGAUGUCGACGUUGUGGAGAUGGCCCAGGAAACGACGGACGAUAGCGACAUAGACAUGGAUCAUGAUGAGGAAGACGAGGACAAAGAAGACGAAGAAGAAGAGAAUGAGGACUACGACGAUGAGAAUGACGACGAAGAACACGGCGACGACAAUAACGACGAGGAUGAGGACGACAUAUCAUACUACCAUAGCGAUGAGGUCGACGGAUACUUAGAUGGGCGCGGAUGGUACUGCCUCCAUGGCAACGUCUGGUGUUCAGACGAAGACGAGAGCGAAAACGAGGAAGCAACUUCCCCUGAAAAUGAGUACAUACUCUCACCGUGGAGCGUUGGAGAUCCCUCAACCCCAAAGGACCCGUUCCUGGAGCAUUCACCGCAGGUAGACUUGAUGGGCGCCUUCCAUAACGAGCGUGGCAACCGCGAUUCCACCAUUCAAGCUGUCGGCCCCAUCCUUAGAAACCCGGCAAUCCUGUCGCUCCAAAGCGAGGCCGACUAUGAGAACUAUCUCAAGCGACCGCGUAUCGGCUUUGGUCGUCCUGCAUGGAGAGCAUAA